AUGUCAGUUAUUUUCCUGCGGUUCCUUCGCGACUUGUGGUACUGGAACACGGUAGAAGAGCGGGUUCUCGAUUUUGUCAAGAAGACAGCUGCAGAGGGCGAUCCAGCCAGCGUGCUAGACGCCUUAGAUGUGUACUACACUGACCACGACGUGAUUCUUUCUGUCGCGCCUGAAAAAAGGCUGAAGAUCGAAGAGGUUGUUCGAAAGGCAGCCCCCAAAGUCUGCUUGGAGAUGGGUUGUUACGUAGGCGUGUCGGCGAUGGCAGUGGCUCGUCAUAUCCCCCUAGAAGGCCGUCUGAUUACGACUGAGUUAUAUACAAAAACCGCUAAAGUGGCCCGGGAGAUGAUUCGCUUUGCUGGUCUCGAACAGGUCAUCACCGUCGUAAAUAAAAGAGCAGAUGACGUCAUCAAAGUCCUCCGCAGCGAGUACUCCGUGGACAAGCUGGAUUUGGUCGUUUUGGACCACAGCAAGUGGUCGUACCUGCCCGACCUGAAGGCGUUGGAGAAAGGGGGGUUCCUUCACAAGGGAACCAUUAUCAUAGCUGACGACUGCUUCUGGCCUGGCGUCCCUGGCUACCUGGAGUACGUGGAGAAUGACCCCAGGUACCAGACAGAGCGGUUUUACAGCAUAGCGCUUCCAGGCAUAAUGGACACCGUUGACGCCAUGGCAAUAUCCACUUACAAAGGAGACAAUUAG